AGAACGCGACUACGGGGAAUGUUGACCUGAAAAGGAUCCCUUCUCAUUUCCCCCCUCCCUCGCUGAGAAGAUGGCGCUCUCCAGGGUGUGCUGGGCUCGGACUGCUCUGUGGGGCUCGGCGGCCACCCCUGGACCUUAUGUCACCCGAAGGCUGCAGCUUGUUCGUUCUGGACUCGACUGGGGGGGCCCUCGAAUCUCUGAUCUUCCUUGUAGGUCUUCAAAGCUUCACCUUUCUCCAAAGGCAGAUGUGAAGAGCUUAAUCUCUUACGUGGUGACCAAGACAAAAGUGAUUAAUGGGAAAUAUCAUCGUUUUUUGGGUCGUAAUUUCCCCCGCUUCUAUAUCCUGUACACAACCUUCAUGAAAGGAUUGCAGAUGUUAUGGGCUGAUGCCAAAAAGGCUAGAAGAAUAAAGGCAAAUAUGUGGAAUCACAAUAUAAAGUUUCAUCAACUUUCAUACCGGGAGAUGGAGCAUUUGAGACAGUUCCGUCGAGACAUCACCAAGUGUUUUUUCCUAGGUAUUGUUUCCAUUCCACCCUUUGCCAACUACCUGGUCUUCUUGCUAAUGUACCUGUUUCCUAGGCAACUACUGAUCAAACAUUUCUGGACCCCAAAGCAACAAACUGAUUUCUUAGAUAUCUAUCAUGCCCUCCGGAAGCAGUCCCACCCAGAAAUCCUUUGUUACUUAGAAAAAAUUAUCCCUCUCAUUUCUGAUGUAGGACUCCAGUGGCAUAUGACAGAGCUGUGCACCAAGAUACAGCGUGGUACCCACCCAGCAAUACAUGACAUCCUGGCUCUGAGAGAGUGUUUCUCGAACCAUCCUCUGGGCAUGAACCAACUCCCUGCUUUUCAAAUGAAAGCCUUGAGUCGAGCUAUGCUUCUCACACCUUACCUGCCUUCUCUCUUGUUGAGACACCGUUUAAAGGCUCAUACCACCGUAAUUCACCAGCUGGACAAGGCUUUAACAAGGCUAGGGAUUGCCCAGCUGACUGCUCAGGAAGUGAAAUCGGCUUGUUAUCUUCGUGGCCUGAAUUCAACCCAUAUUGCUGAAGAGAGGUGUCGAACUUGGCUGGGAGAAUGGCUGCAGAUUUCCUGCAGCCUGAAAGAAGCUGAGCUGUCCCUCUUGCUACACAACGUGGUCCUGCUUUCCACCAACUACAUUGGGACAAGGCGCUGAGUGAACAUGGAGUGGAUGGCAUUGUCCUGAAGUCACACAGUGCAGCAGAAUGGGACCAAACAGCACUUGUCAGCAGCCUGUGUGCACUGUUAGAUGUGAGAGCAGAGGAGCAGGAGCCACAGGCUUCAGUGUGGUACCCGUGUGGAAGCUGCAACUGAAACAAACCCCCUUACCACAGGUGGCCCGUGGGACGUGUCAUCCUUGGAAUUAACUGGAGUUGCCAGAAGCCGGUGUUCUGGGCUCGUACCGUGAUCCGUUAGGUUCAGAUCCCAGCAAAUGAGCUUUUGCCCCAGGUAGGAAUCUUCAUUUGGCCUAGGACUUACCCACUGCUGUACUUUUUCAGCUGUGUUUUUGUUAAAGGCAGUUUCUGGCCGGUCAGGGGAGCAGCACUACUUAAAUUGGAGCAUUUACAUGCAUGUACAUCUGUGCUCCCCUCAACCCUUCCUGAUGACCAAAAUGGGGAAUUUUUUUGGGUCCCCGUCACUGGGCUAACCACUCCAUUUCCUUUUCAAAUCCUUUGACUCCUUUUUUUUUAUUUUUUAGUGAAUGACUUAUGGGAACAUUCUAAUGGAAAAGAUAAAAGGAAAUACACAAGUGCUUGUUGGCCCCUUCCCCACGGUUUUACAGCCUUCACACCCCUUGUCUUAAUUUCUGGGCUGUGCUACAACCCCUGUGAGUCUUAAACUCUUUGCUACCUCCACCGUGGGGCAGCCAUCCAACUGUAACUAACAAUGGCUGCCUUCUCUGGGCCACGGAUCAAACCUGUCAGGCACUCAUUACUGCCCCGCCGGGGUAACCAGGAGAGCCCUGCAUCACGAUAGUAAGUUGGGCUUAGCUUCUAUGUAUGUACAUCCGUGACCUGUAGUUAACUUACUGUGUAAAUGCAUGAAGCACUGUUUUUAAACCCAAGUAAAGACCGCCUGAAAUCAA